CAUUUGGCUACCGGGAAAAAAUAUGGGGUGGAAGAAUUUAUAUCAGAAAACUACGAUUUUCCUGACCCGGAAAGAAUUCUUUCACCUCCUUGCGAUCACCCUACUCAGCCUCUUGAUUCCCCUUUCAUUCCUCCUCGUCGCCAGGCUUUCAUGCCUCAACUAUAUCUUAACAGCCGUCGCUUCAGAUCCUUCCCAUUCUUCCCGGCCUUUUCUUUUGUCUUUCUACUUCUACACCAACCCAGCUGUUCUAUAUGUUGUUGUUUCAGUCAUUAGCAUCGCCACUCUUCUCCAUGCAUUGACUGGGGAAAUCACCUUCGCAAGCGACUCACCGGAAGCUGUUUACAAGCCCCGUUUGUUCACCGCCUGGCUCGUUCUAUGUACUCUGCAAGUUUCCGUUGGAUUUGGGAUUGAAGGAAGCAUAGCAUCGGGAAUCGACGGUGCCGGUUUCGGCGUUGAGAGGAGUCUGUUCAGUAGAUUAAUAUUCUUCUUGGGUUUGCAUGAAAUCAUGUUUUUCUGGUUUAGAACGGUGGUGAAACCGGUCGUAGACGACACUGUUUUCGGGGAUGCUACGCCGGAAAGGUGGGUUCAUAGGGCCGCCAUUGCCGUGAGCGUCGGCACCUUGUGGUGGUGGAAGCUGAGAGAUGAAGUUGAGUCGUUGGUGGUUGUGGCGGAAGCUAAGAAGGAGCUGUCGAUGGAAAUUGAGAUGGCCGACUUUGUUGGGUGGUGCUUGUAUUAUUUGACUGUGACAAUUGGAAUGGUUAGAGUUUUCAAAGCUCUGCUCUGGGUUGGAAUUAUGUUGCUAAGGAAAAACACAACGGAUGGAACCGGCGAGGAAGAUGAUCAAGACAAUGUCUAAGCUUCACCCUUUCUUGAUUAUUUAUUUAUUAAUUAACUGU